AUGAUAGUUUUACUUCCCUUUUUACUAUUUUCGUGCAAUGCAAGAAUUUUAACCGUCUUCUGCUCAAACUACAGUGAUUGGAGUUGUGAAAACAUAGAAACAAUAUUACGAGGAUUUCCUAAAUACGAGCUAAUUCAAGAACGAAAACACUGCGACAAUGUUGAAAUCUUAUCAACAGGAAUACGAAGAUUCAAUAAAAUUCUCCCACCUCGUACUGUUAUCGAUACAACUUAUCCAUACAAUGAAGACAUGAACUUUGCUAUUGGCUUUUCUUGUCCCAAAGGAUACGACACACUUCUCAGCCAAAGCGCUCACUGGAGCUUUGAUCAUCGAAAUAGGCCGAUCACUGUUCCUGAUGAUAGAACCGGACUACCAGUGGUCACGGUUGGGCACAGAUUGGAUAAUAAUUAUCGAAAUGUUAUAUCGCUUGGUCCAAGUUAUAAAUAUAUCGCCAAGUCGAUGUGGAGCAUGAAGACCUAUUUCAACUGGAAGCGGAUAAUUAUGAUCAUUCUACCGCUCAAACCUGAUAAUAGCCCUCCAUAUUCAUCGACAGAUUCUUAUGACACUGGAAGAAGAAUGUUAUACAUAGAAAAAUACUUCAAUGAACAAUCAGAAGGAACAGCAAAACAUAUCGUUUCUGCUCUAAUAAAAGGACAGCGUAAAUUUCUCCCGGGCUCAUAUUCCUCAAACGAAGACUGGAGCGUUCCUCAGAGCUUGGAAGACAUUAUUGACUCUUUCGACGUCAUUUUUGCUCCGCCAAAUGUUUUCAAGGAUAUUCUUAAUAAAAAACAUCAGCAGCGCGACGACUCGACAAUCAACUGGUUCAUCAAGGAGCUCUUGAAAAAAACCUGGGUUCUACUCAAUGAAUACAAUCUGGAAGGCGAUCUGGCACCAAGCGGCUUUUUGUCGUAUUUGGAUGUUUAUCAGAUACAAGAACAAAUCAAUUUUCGACCAACAAUUGAUAAUCAUCUCAGAAUUCAAAUGCCAACAAGUCCGAUUCUUCGUGGCUACACAGCAGCUAUUGACUUCUAUCGUAUCUGCCUCGAUUUCUACGACAUGCAAAUCCCCCCAAACGGAUCUCAAGUCGUUCAGGAAGUAACUGAAUACAUCGAAGAUCCACGCACUGGAAGACCAACAUUCGUUACAAGAUACGCCGAACAGAUUGAGCUCGACGAGGACAACUUUCAAAUCGGUCAUUUUUCUCUCAGUUACUUUGAUCGAAACCUGAAAAACUGGAAACAGCUCAUCCGAGUUGACCAUGGAGAGGAAAUCUAUCGCGUCUGCAAUACUGAUGUUUGCUACAUUGUUCUUCAGCGUCUCAACCAUACAGAACCGACAGAAGAUGAAGAGUAUGAAGAAGAGUUCUUCACAACUGAGCAAAUCAUUCUCUUCGUUCUUGGUGGCACUGUUGGUCUGGUCGGCGUCAUUUUCGUACUACUAAAGGGAUCCGGCUUGUUCAUGGACUUUUUGUACGAGCGUCAGCUUAUCAAGCUCGAAUGGGAAAUCCCCGCGUCAAGGAUUUUUAUGAUCCGAGAUGCAAACGAAAUGGCAUCUGGUAACUCUUUCAGACGAUCAACAUCGAGAUCAACAACGCGAAGAGGGAGCAGAUUUAAUUUGAUAGAAGGCGUGAAGAUUCCGUCGAGGCGCUUCUGUGAACUUGGAGUUUACAAUUUGAAGAUUGAGAAAUCAGGGCAGCGGAAACGAAUUCUAGUUGGUUUACUUCCACUGGAAACUAAACUGCAGCCAAAUCGAGAUAGCCUCCAAUCGAUCAGAAGAGUGAUCAGAAUUGAAGGGCCCAACAUCGCAAAAUUUGAAGGCAUUUUCAACUCUCGGACAAAAAGCUACAGGGUGAUUCACUAUUGCAACCGCGGUAGCUUGCACCACUUUCUGUCCUCAAAUUAUUAUGCAAAUCUUGAACUGACUCUUGAAGUCAAGCUUGUUCUCGCAAUCGAUAUUCUGUGCGGACUCGUUUAUUUGGAAAAUGAACUUGGCUUUCAUGGAGCCUUCUCAUCCAAGAGUUGUUUACUUGACGCCUGUUUCAGAGUAAAGAUAUCAAAUUUCGACCCUUGUCGGCCAGCUAAAUCUCAACCUGAUAUUUACAAAGCUCCAGAAACUCUUCGAUUUUACGUUUCUCAAAAAGAUCCGCCCAAUAUUCUCAGACGAUGCGAUGUCUACUCCUUUGCAAUCGUCUUCCAAGAAAUUCUUUACCGAAGAGGGCCAUUUUACAUCGGCGACGAGACUUUCACUGAGGAACAGAAAAUUGAACAAGUUCGCGCUGUUCAGUCGGAGAUAUUCAGACCAACUCUUGAAAAACCGACUUCUUCAAAUGAGCAUUGGCUGACACCUGAAGAAGUUGCUUUGUUAGAAGCUUGCUGGAGUGAAGACGCUUAUAAAAGACCCGCGUGGUUCAGAGAUAUUUUGCCACACUUUCAGUAUUCACACUCUUCAAGAUUUGGAGAAAAGAGCAAGUCAAUCAUUGAUUCCUUCGUUGGUCUUCUUGAAACUUACGCGGAAAAUACAGAGCGUCUUGUGAAAGAAAAGACAAAAAUUUUGCUUGACGAAAGAGACCGGGUCGAUGCGAUAUCUUCAAUGUUUCUUCCACGAAAAGAAGUUGCUCAAAUCAGAAAUGGUACGAUACCGGAGCCAGAGUAUUUUCCAAAGGCAUCAAUUCUCAACUUCGACAUUGUUGGUUAUACAAAAAUAUCAAAGCGAUCUACACCAAAAGAGAUUUUCCUGAUGCUGGAGACAUUAUUUACCCUGUUUGAUGAUACACUUCACAACUUUCCGAAUCUUUUCAAAGUUGAAACUCUCGGAGACUCGUAUAUGAUUUCUGCAGGAUGCCCCGUCAAAUAUGAAAAUCAUGAGGUCGAUCUUGCUCGUUUCGCUCUUCAGAGUCCAAACUACAUCACCCAGGGAAGACUCCGACCCAAAUCCCGUCAGACGGUCAUCUAUCGGAACACAAAGCUCGUUCGAGACGCAAGAAGAUCCUUGUCAUCUGACAGAAUCAUGAGACAGGCUUCAGAAGAAGAUGAUACGCUUGAACCCCUCACUCCUAGAUUUGUGUCUAUCAAUGAGAACUUUUACGAUGGGCGGAUUUUGAAGAAGGAAUUGUCUAACAUGCAAUCAGAAAGCUCAACGAAUCUGCGUCUAAGAAAUACCGAUCUCAAUCUUGAUGAUCGCGUUUCUUCUGGAACUCGACGACGCCCUCGACUACUGUCACAAUAA